CAUCCAUUCCGAAAUACACAAAAGUGGUGGGCGCACGUGUUGGUUGUGCGCGAUAUCUGUAGCAAACGAUAGCACAUUUCAAAAAAGAAUGGGUAGGAAACGGAACAAGAAGCAUCAUAAAAAUGAGAGCAGGACCGAUCGAUCUCAAAGGAAGGUCGAGAAUGGAACCACUACAUACACAGACAUAGUAAAAACUAAUACAGCGUUUGAAAAAUACUACAAGGCUCAAGGCAUAGUUCCUGAAGACAAGUGGGAUGACUUCAUGCGUUCAUUACGCACCGGAUUACCAGUUGCAUUCCGUAUCACUGGAUAUUUACCUGAAUCAAACCACUUACUCAACAUCGUCAAGAGUGAAUACUUCAAGAGCCUUCUAAGUGUUGGGGACAAUGCAGAAUCUGGCAAACCAACAGCAUUGUCUUGGUACCCCAAUGAACUCGCAUGGCAGCUUGACCUUUCUCGCAUAAUGAUCAGAAAAUCUGAGGCGUAUGCCAGACUUCACAGUUUCCUCAUAUCUGAGACUGACACAGGUAACAUAACUCGUCAAGAAGCAGUUAGCAUGAUACCACCACUGCUCCUGGAUGUCCAACCACACCAUAAGGUAUUGGAUAUGUGUGCUGCUCCAGGAUCUAAAACGGCCCAGGUAAUGGAGAUGCUUCAUAGGAAAUCAGAUAGUCUUCCAGAAGGUGUUGUGGUAGCUAAUGACGUGGACAAUAAGCGCUGUUAUAUGUUGGUUCACCAAGCGAAACGUCUUCGCUCGACUGCUUGUUUAGUUACGAACCACGACGCUGCUGCUAUGCCCAACAUUUCCAUCACCAAAGAUGAUGGUAGUCUCGAGGUCUUAAAGUAUGACAGGAUUCUUUGUGACGUCCCUUGCUCUGGUGACGGUACGCUGAGAAAAAAUAUAGACUUGUGGAGAAAAUGGAAUGUUGCAAAUGGAAACAGCAUUCAUGGAUUGCAAGCACGAAUAGCAAAACGUGGUGUGGAGCUCCUUGCUAAGGAUGGCAUUCUUGUCUACUCAACGUGCUCUCUUAAUCCACUAGAGGAUGAGGCAGUUGUUGCUAACUUGCUGCUGCAGUGUGAAGGGGCUGUGGAGCUAGUGGAUGUUAGCGAUCGCCUCCCUGGUCUUGUGUGCAGUCCUGGUUUAUCCACUUGGAAAGUAGCUAGCAAAGACUUGACCCUGUACAAUUCUUUUGAAGAAGUACCAGAGUGCUAUCACACUCAGAUUCGACAACAUAUGUUCCCACAGCCACCAGAUGUAUUAGAAAAGCUCCACCUGGAACGAUGCAUCAGAAUAUUACCUCAUCAACAAGACACAGGUGGAUUCUUCGUGGCUGUGCUGAAGAAAACAUCAUGUAGACUUCCUUGGGAAUCGCAGAAGGACGAUAAAAUGAGUAGUCUUUCUGCAGAAUCAGGAGAACCGAAAGCCCUGUCCACCAGUGCUACUAAAGAACCAAUUCCAAGAAAAAGGCGAAGAGUUCUGGGCUACAAAGAAGACCCUUUUGUGUUUCUUAAGCACGAUGACGACAUCUGGAAGGCUGUAAGGGACUUCUACAAGAUUGACGUCAGUUUCCCAAGCACUCAGCUUUUGGGGCGCUGCCAGCAAGAGAAUAAACGCAACAUCUACCUCGUGUCCAAAGCAGUGAAAAACAUUAUUGAAACAAAUAGCGAUAAAAUAAAGGUGAUCAACACAGGCGUGCGGGUCUUCUGUCGAUGCGAGGGAAAGGAGGAGCUAGACUGUAAUUUCAGAUUUUGUCAGGAGGGUCUCGCGACCGUCUUUCCUUACGUUGGGGACAGGAAACUGCAUAUAUCUAAGGAAGACUUUUAUGUGUUGCUUACUGAAGAAUACCCCCUGGAAACACAGUUUUCACCAGAGCUGCAGGAAAAAAUAAAAGAUCUGACAAAGGGUUGUGUCAUCCUGAUAUGCACUGCUUGUCCGGGGACAGCUGAGCAAUUUGACAUCAUUCUUUCCGGACGGAGGGGAAAGGCUACACUUCGGGGCUACGUUGCAAAACAAGAGCGUGUCCAUUACCUGCGCCUGUGUGGUUAUGAUGUGUCAGAGUUUGAAAAACGAGAUAGGAAGAAAAAGACUGAGGAAAAUGCAGCAGAUCAGACAGCCGCAGAAGAGACUGUAAAAGAUAACGAAGAAACUGUUCUGAAGGAAGCACAAGAAGAAAUGUCUGUCUAGUACUACUGUGACAGUAAAUACCGUGGACCAGUA